AAUUUAUUUUAUUUAAUACUAAUUCUCGAUAAUUUGAAUUAAAAUAAAUGGAUGGAUAGGUGUCAUAGCAAUUCAUGUUAUUCGUCGCAGAGAUAAGGGGCUUUCUCAUCAACCCAAAGUGCAUAUAAACCCGAGCAAUCCCUCCCAAGAUUUCAAACCAAAUUAUAUCAUAUAUAUAUACUUCUUCUACUCCUCUCUUUUCCUUUCUUUCUUGUUCUCUCUCUUAUACUUUGUACAUUAGAUAUGAAGAGAUUAAGUAUAUUAACGUUGGUGCUACUAUUCGCAAGUUUCUCAGCCGCUUUGUCCCGGAAAAAUGAUGGGACUUUAUUACCAAACGGUAACUUUGAGAUGGGACCAAAACCAUCACAAAUGAAGGGAACACAAGUAAUAGAUCCAAAAGCCAUAGCCAACUGGGAAAUCUCAGGUUUCGUAGAAUACAUAAAAUCAGGUCAAAAGCAAGGCGACAUGCUCCUUGUUGUCCCCCAAGGCAAAUACGCCGUUAGACUCGGAGACGAAGCCUCCAUCAAGACCAAAGUAAAAGUUAACGUUGGAUGGUUCUACUCCAUUUCAUUCACCGCUGCCCGAACCUGUGCUCAGGAAGAGCUCCUCAACGUGUCGGUUUCGCCCAACAAAGAGCCCAAAGACUGGGGAAUGCUUCCGAUGCAAACCAUGUACAGCAGCGACGGUUGGGAUUCUUAUUGUUGGGGAUUUUUGGCUGAGUUUAGGGAGAUUGAGAUUUCCAUCCAUAACCCGGGUAAAGAGAAACACCCGGCUUGUGGCCCGUUGAUUGACUCGGUCGCCCUCAAAGCCCUGCGUCAACCUAUUAAGACCCGAGGCAAUUUGUUGAAGAAUGGAAACUUCGAAGAAGGACCAUUUGUAUUCCCCAAGAUAACCAGCGGAGUCCUGAUUCCUCCAAACAUCGAGGACGAUCACUCCCCAUUGCCCGGAUGGAUGAUCGAAUCCGCCAAGGCCGUGAAGUACAUCGAUUCGGACCAUUUCGCGGUGCCGGAAGGCCAACGGGCCGUCGAGUUGGUGGCCGGGAGAGAGAGCGCGAUCGCGCAAGUGGUGCGCACCAACAAAGGGUGGUGGUACGAUCUCGUUUUCUCGGUCGGAGACGCCCAGAAUUCCUGCGAAGGCUCCAUGUUGAUUGAGGCGUUCGCCGGGAUGGAGACGCUCCGGGUGCCGUACGAUUCACACGGGAAAGGCAACUUCAUUAAGGCUAAGCAUCGGUUCAGAGCAGUUUCGAGCCGGACAACGGUGCGUUUUUUGAGCAGCUAUUAUCACAUGAAGAGUGACAAUUCCGGAGCUUUAUGUGGCCCCGUUAUUGAUGAUGUUAAGCUGUUUAGCGUUCGCACUCUUCACAAGUGAUUUUUUUUUUUCUUUUUAACGUAAUUAUUAUAAUUGUUAGUAUGAUUUUCUAUCUUCAUGAGAAUCGCAUAUAUAUAUUAUUUUAUAUAGUAGCACUAAAGAUGUGUGCGACGAUCUUUGAAAGAGAGAAGUGAGUCUUCUCUAAUGUUGUUAAUUCUUGUAAUAGGGAUCCAAAUUAACGAAGGCUUAUUUUGAUUUCCUCUGAAAUCAUUCCAUUUCGAUGAAUUUAGGCGUGAAUAAUGAUAUAAUAUUAGGCGUG